AUGAAGUUCUUGAUGGGGCUUAAUGAUACGUACGAAGCUAUUAAAGCAUGGAUACUGCUGAUCAAACCCUUUCCCAGCUUGAAUGAGGUUUACUCCAUUAUCCAGCAAGAGGAAAAGCGAAGGGAAAUCUCUACAAACAACCUUGGCAAUGACUCUAUGGCUUUGGCGAGCAAAGGGAAUUUUGGCAAACAAUCUGCUGGGCAACAAAAGAAGGAUAGGUAUUAUUGUACCUUCUGCAAAAUACCAGGACACUCCUUGGAGAGAUGCUUCAAAGCAAAUCCGAACAAACCCACAUGUACUCAUUGCCAAAUGCUCGGCCACACAGCAGAUAAAUGCUACAGAUUACAUGGAUACCCAGUAGGAUACAAAGGACAAGAGAAGAACAGACUUGUCACAAAUUUGUCAAAUGUGAAUGCAGCUGUUGGUCCUGAGCAGGGGGUUCUGAAAGACAAAUCUCAAAUGUCAUUGACACCAGAGCAGUAUACUCAACUUCUGGCUCUCCUCAAACCUAUCUCUGGAAACCAAGCUUUCAUUCCCUCGGCAAAUCAUGCCAUGGUCACACCUUCAUCCUCAGAUACAAAUAACCACAAAAUUUCUAGUAUAUCUCUGUGUUUUUCUAUUUUUACUUCCAAAUCCAGCAAUGUCUCAGAAAUCCCUUGGAUUAUUGACACUAGAGCAACAGACCAUAUGAUCUGCUCCAAGUCCUUAUUUCAUUCCAUCCAGAGCACCAUUUCCUCCUCUGUAGCUCUACCAAAUGGUCAGAUAGUUCCUGUUACUCACAUAGGAACAGCCAAGGUCGCCAAGAAUCUUAUAUUGCACGAUGCUCUUUGUGUUCCCAAUUUUUCCUUUAAUCUGAUUUCAGCAAAGAAAAUGACUCAAGAACUAAAUUGUUGCCUUGUUUUCUUUUUUGAUUACUGUUAUAUUCAGGACCUUUUGACUUGGACAAUGACUAGCAUGGGUAAAGUGAAGUAUGACCAUCUAAAGGUUUUUGGGUGCUUGGCCUUUGCUACCACUUUAGUUAAUGGAAGACAAAAAUUUGAUCCAAGGGCCAGAAAGUCUACAUUUAUUGGUUAUCCUUUUGGUGUCAAAGGAUAUAGACUUCUGGAUUUAGAUACUAAGAAGAUCUUCAUUUCUCGAAAUGUUGUGUUUCAUGAAAUUGUGUUUCCAUUCAAAACGAAUAAAAUCAGUCAUCCUGAUACUAGUUUCAGCAACACCAAUUCACCACCAAGUCCAAAUGAGUUAAGUUUUACUCAAAACCCUGUCAUUUCCAUUCCUGCUCUGCCUAUUCACAAUCACUCCAUAGACACUGUCAGCCCCAAUAUCAAUUCAGAAGUAGAACAAAUGCCUGUUGCAUUAUCUAAUUCACAAAGCAAUGAACAGAUCAGUUCCCAAAACAACUCUAGAUCAGAAACAGAAGCUGGUGACAACACCCAUACACACUUACCCAGAAAAUCAACCAGAAUAAGGAGAGCUCCCACUAAUUUGCAGGAUUUCAUAUGUCAGCAGUCAUCCUUCCUUUCCCUAUCUUAG